CUACCUCAUUUAUAGAUAUUCACAUACAGCAACGAUGGAUUUUCGCUGUAAUGGGAUUUUUGGCAUUGUUUAAUGCGUACGCUAUGCGUAUUUGCCUAUCAAUUGCGAUAACGGAGAUGGUUGUACCUUUAAAUAUUACCGAAGAAUUUAUCGAUGACACGUGCUCGGAUCUUUCGAUCAAACAAUCCAACAACUUCACCGCGAUUGUUAAAGACGGCACCUACGAAUGGAGCGAAUACACUCAGGGAAUCAUUCUCUCGUCGUUUUAUUGGGGCUACGUAAUAACUCAUCUACCCGGCGCUUUAUUGUCCGAGAAAUUUGGCGGAAAAUAUACGCUUGGUAUUGGAAUAUUUUUAAGCGCAAUACUAACAGUUUUGGUGCCAAUAUCCGUGCAAUGCGGAGGCUCGGCAGCGCUGAUCGUCCUCCGAGUCCUCAUGGGAUUCAGCGGAGGUGUCAUAUUCCCGGCCCUCAAUGUCAUGACCGCCCACUGGGCACCGCCGCAAGAGUUGUCCUUAAUCACGGCCGUAAUCUUCAUUGGAGUGGACAUUGGCGUGAUCGGCGCGACAACCAUAUCCGGAUUGAUCCUCCGCUACUCCGUCCUCGGCUGGUCGGGAGUAUUUUACUUUUUCGGUGGCGCAGGUAUACUAUGGUUUAUCCUGUGGAUGCUCCUCUGCUUCAACAAUCCCGACGAGCAUCCCUUCAUUUCUGACAGUGAGGCGAGUUAUCUGCGCAAGUCCUUAAACGAGCACACCCACAAAAAUACGCCCCCCGUACCAUGGGCUCGGAUAUUCAAGUCCUCUCCAUUUUGGGCCCUACUCGUCGUCCAAAUCGGCCACGACUGGGGUCUCUAUACACUGGUCACCGACCUGCCCAAGUACAUGAGCAGCGUCCUCAGAUUCUCCGUCGAAUACAAUGGCUACUUGUCGUCCCUGCCUAACGUCUGCGCGGUCCUCUACUGCCUCCUGAUAUCCUGGCUAACCGACAAAAUGAUAACGUCCAAUCUGAUAUCGAAGACCAAUGCCAGGAAAAUAAACACGAGCAUAUCCACAUUAGCCCCGGCGCUCUUCAUCGUCGGCGCAUCCUACGCCGGCUGCAAUCGCGUCCUCGUUGUUGUCAUGUUUACGUUGGCCGUGACGCUCAUGGGCAGCAGCUUACCAGGCAUCAAAGUUAACUCGCUCGACCUCAGUCCCAAUUACGCGGGAACGAUAAUGGCCCUUACGAAUGGCAUCGCCAGCUUCACCGGCAUCUUGACACCUUAUCUCGUGGGUGUGCUGACGCCAAACCAGACCCUCGGCGAGUGGCGACUCGUAUUUUGGUUGGUUUUUUGCGUAUUCUUCGUCACGAAUACGUUUUUCGUUUUUUUCGCCAGUGGCGACGUGCAGCUCUGGAACGAUCCGAAAUUUCCAAAGGCAAGAAGAGCGUUAAAUUGAGCGAGAAAGCUUAAGGGCUCGUCUUCAUCUAUUU